AUGUAUUCACAGCAGAAGAGGCAGGAGGAAGGAAAGAGCACUCUUCCAUUGGGGGAGGAGUUUGAGGCACUAAUUAAAAGGCUGAACUCUGGUCAAAUAGAAGAAAGAGUCAAAAUUGCAAUCGCAGGGAAGUAUUUUUCUGUAGGGGAUGAAGAUAGCUAUAAGCGAGUAAUAGAAACUGUUUCUGUCAAAAGCACAGAAGAUCAUACACUGAAAAACAAUCAAGACAUUAUGAUUUCACUAAUCAGGUAUAACAAAACUCAGGAGAUUAUCUAUCUAAACCAGGCAAAGGAUUUAAUUACGAAGACUCACAUAUUCCCGACCAUAAAAACAAUGUUUUUACUAGCUACAGAAUCAUCACAGGAUGAAAUACUUAAGGAGGCCUACAAACUAAACAGGAACUGUAAAUACUCGGCACAGUUAAAGGCAAUUUCAUUUAUAAAUUCAAAGAAGUAUGAAGAAGCAUCUUCAAUCAUUGAAAGGCUGCCUGCAUCCAUAGAGAAGACUCUUUUGGAGCUGGUGGCUGUUGUUUUUCUAGAUGCUAACCGCGCCAAAGAAGUGUACUCGCGCUUUGAGGAUGAGUUUAAGAAGGAAAAAGAAAAGGAAAGAAGUAAUCCUGAAAGGCUAGACACGUAUAUAGAAUAUGCAAAGAGACUUGUUGAAAAAGGCUCUGGAGUAGGCAUUGAUUUAAUUGUGUCUGAAAUUGCUGAAGCACUAAAAACUACCUCAGGCGUUGCUUUAGGAAGCGCAAAACAUCUGGUUGAGCAAACUGCAAAAAACCCACAGCGAUCACUUGAUCUCUUAAGUGUAUCAAAAAGAUUGCUGCUGGAGGUUGAAAUACUGAGGGCAGAGGCUUUACUGAGCAAGAAAAGGUACAUGGAAGUAAUGGACUUGGCACAGAGCUUAAAAUCCAGUGACCUUCCUAUAGACGAAAGUGCUUCUGAGCGAAUUGCUAUUAUACUGAUAAGCUCUGCUAUAAUUCAAAACAAAACAGAACAGCUAGAUGUUCCCUGGAUAGUUAAUGCACUGUCAAAGCGAGAGCAAAUUAAAAAAGACAUCGGGCUUUCAGAUCUUGUUGAGCUUAUAAAGAGUAAAGAGCCCAGUACUCCCUCUUUAGAAGGACAGGCACUACUCUGGCACAGAAAAUGA